AUGGCGGCCUCUGACAAUCCAAAAAUAUUUCUCAGCGACGAAGAAAUACAAGACGACGAUGAGCCAACGAACCGAGAAGAAGGGCAACAAUUGGAUGUCAUUUCACUUGAUCCUGAUGCAACGGAUGUUGACUUGAAUCACAGUCGAAUCAGUAAAAUAGAACAUAUGGAUGUCUUGGAGAAAGUAGAGACCUUGUGUUUCCGGCAGAAUUUACUUACAAAGAUUGAGAACCUGUCAUGUCUUAAAGACACCAUAACUGAUCUGGAUUUAUAUGAUAACCAGAUUACAAAGAUUGAAAAUUUAGAAGCACUCACUAAGCUGACUAUCUUGGAUCUGUCAUUCAAUCGGAUCAGAAAUAUUGAGAACUUGGAGACAUUGACGGGGCUGACACGACUAUUCCUAGUACAAAACAGAAUCAGGAAAAUUGAGAAUAUUGGUCAUCUUGUCAACCUUACGAUGUUGGAACUUGGGUCCAACCAAAUUAGGAAACUUGAAAAUCUUGAUUCGUUGGUAAAUCUAGAUAGUCUGUUCAUUGGCCGUAAUAAAAUUACCCAGUUAGAAAAUUUAGGAAAGUUGAAGAAAUUGACUACAUUAAGUAUACAGAGUAAUCGUAUUAUAAAACUAGAAGGCUUAGAAGAACUAGAAAACUUAGAACAACUUUACAUCAGUGACAAUGGAAUUCAAAAAUUGGAAAACCUGGAUAAAAAUGUAAGUUGA